AUGGAAACAUUGCCAACUCAGUUUACAUCCCGUAAAGAAAAGAACUUUAAAUACAUGUCAAAAACAUUAGGAAGGCACCAGAGUCCUGAGAUUGUCACAGAAUUUCUCAUAGCAAUGAAAAAUCACAAGUUAACCAAAACUGAAAAACCUCAGCUGCUCAUUCACAGGCCUGUAACUUCAAUGAAAAUCCAGCUGAUGGUGGGUGAAGAAAGGACCACAGAGGAAUAGAUUGAAGCUCUCUUUCAUACUUUCAUAAGCAUCAUGCCUGUAGCACUAGAGGUCGAGCAGAAAAGUACCAACAGUGACAUUACAGCAGAUGAAGAGGACCAAGUGUAG